AUGGUAACUAACAAUCAACCAACAGCUCCCGCGGUGCUCACCCAAGAGCCAUUCAAUGCGUGGGAUACACUACCGCACGACCAAUCCAUCUACAACUUCUCAUGGCCUGUUCCUAUUUUCUACCGAGAUUAUAAAGACAAUUACAAAAGUCAGUCGGCUAAGUUCAAGUGGUUGCCACCAGUAGGGUAUUCACCGUGCCCAGCUAGCUUCGCUGUUAGUCGUAAACCGACCGAAGUGCAAAUGGAAUCAGCACACUGGGAUAUGGAUAAUGCGAAUGCGAGCUCGUUUGUACGUGUGGAGUACGACGAUAUCGGUUACGAUCGCUUAAUGCAACGCAUACGCAUCAAACCUGAUGAAUUCUCAUUGGGUGAUAAAAUCAUUCUGCUUGCCGAUCGACUGGCUUUCUUGCAACGAAAAAUGCUACGAAAUGAGCCGUUCUCGUAUGAUCGACUGAUGGAUGUUAUAACAACGGUUCUACCCGGUGAUACACAGUUUGGCAUGUUUGAAGAAGCCCAAAAGGUUAUCGACCCAUUGGAGCUGAUGUUUUUAGAUGGACCUGACUACGGGUUAUUUAAGGUAUUGCGCUUAAUUUAUCUGCAUGCCACCCGAUAUCUUCUCCUUCCAUAUGCAGUUCGUUACGACUUGAGUGAUUCGGUGGAUGAAGGAAGAAGGUUAUUCGAGGAAAUGCUGCAGGAAUGUGCGACAACGGCAACUGGAGUCGACAAAUGCAAUAAGUAA